AUGACUCUUGGCCCACAUCCGUACUAUUGGCCUAAUACAAAGGAGCUCAGUUAUGGUGGUUCCCCACCGAUCGCCACUCGCUCCGGCUUCAUGGCGUUGGCCUGUAUGCCCUUUCUUAUUAUCCUGGGUGCCAAAACAAACCCCAUCACAGCAUUGACCGGGAUCUCUCACGAAAAGCUUUUCGUUUGGCACAACUGGGUCGCCUGGGCUAUGUUUGUCCUGGCCCUAAUUCACACUUUCCCCUUUAUCGUCUACCACAUGUGGUUGGGCGAUAUCAAGACUCAAUGGAUGAGUGGUGGUGUCUGGGUAACUGGUGUUGUUGCAAUCAUCGCUCAAGCCUGGUUAACCUUGAUGUCCAUUCCAUGGAUCAGAAACCGCUACUACGAAUUGUUCAAAGCAACCCACUUCUUCAUGGCAAUGGUCUUCGUGAUCUUCUUCUUCCUGCACUGUGACUUCCGCAUGUCAUCAUGGGACUACUUCAUCGCCACAGCAGUCCUCUACACGCUCUCCUGGCUCUACGCCCAAUGCCGCGUAUAUUUCGAGCACGGCUUCCGCCACAAAGCCCGUAUUUCAGCCGAAUCAGACGAAACAAUCAAAGUAUCCAUCGAUACAGCCAUGGAAUGGAGUCCAGGCCAACAUAUCUUCAUCCGCUUUCUAACAGGAAUACACGCUUUAACAGCUCACCCGUUCACUAUCUGCUCUGUUCCUCAGGAGAAUGGUCAAAAUACACUCGUCUUUUAUAUUAAGCAGCACGGUGGGGUGACUGGUCGUCUUAUGAGCAUUGCAAAGAAGAAUCCUGAUACGUCUAUUUCUGUGCUUAUGGAUGGGCCUUAUGGGGGCAUAGCGGCCGGAAGGAUGGAAGAAUUUGAUAGGAGUGUUGUUGUUGGGGGUGGUGCCGGUGCAGGACUGACAUUGUCUAUGAUUGAGGACUUUGUGAGAUUUUCUUCGGCUAAGUCUUCGUCUUCGUCUGAAGAUAGACAAGAGAAAGAGAUGAACGUUAUUGUUGCGACGCGUGAUCCGGGGAUGAGGAUGUGGUAUUUGCAGGCCCUUGAGGAUCUUGCGGAAAGACAAAAGGUUCAGAAGCCUGUCCUGGGUCUAUCGAUACAUAUUCAUGAGACACAUUCAUCUAUCUCUGGCUCUGUAUCGGCGCCGGAGAAGAACGAGCUUGAGGUUUCUUUGGAUGGGGAUGAGGCGAAGAAAAACAGUGUGGUUUCGGAUGAAUGUCGGCUCUCUGGAACUACUGCUGAGAUCUUUGGUAUUCAGGUUUUUACGGGCAGGCCUGAUUUGCUAAGUACCAUUCUUCAGAUUGCUGGGCAGGAAGGAACAUCUGUUGGCGUUAUUGUUUGUGGACCUGCGUCUAUGACUCAUGAUGUUAGUACUGCUGCUUCGGAUAUUCAGGCCCAGAUUCUAGCUAGGAAACCUGGUAGUGCACGAGAGUUGUGGUUACAUAGAGAGAAUUUCUCAUUUUAA